CUAGCCUCUCAAGAGCCGGACGCGAACUGUCCUCAAAUUGUUGGUCCUUGCUCUCCUGCUGCAUUUAAUUCGUGUCAAGAAAACUUAGAAAAGUGACCAUGUCAACAAGCACGAAUCCACAUGCUCACCAACAUCCGCAUGCCCAAAGCACGAGUCAUAAUCCAUGGGGCAGCACAAGUGGCACAGGACCCCUCGGUACGUCCCUCACAGACACCUUCGGGCAGUCCAGGACGCAUUACCAACCAGGCUACAUGAUGUCCGUGGCGCAACAUAAUGUCAUGUCCCCCAGCGCACAAAAUACUGAUGAAAUCCCCGUCGUGCAGACCAAGGCGAAGAUCAACAAGGGCUUGUCUCGUGGUGCCUCGCAUUUUGGUGCUGAGUCGAUGUUUGAGAGCUCGAGCACGCAAAGGCAGACAUUCACAGACAUGGACGCGCCACCAACCAGUUCAGUCAAUGAUAUAUUCCGUGAGGGGUCUUCUUUUGGCGAGUCCCAACGGGCAGUUCUACCUCCAUCGCGCCCCUUCUCCCUCUCAAACACGUCCACGCUAAACGCAUCGCAAUCCAAAAACCAUAGCCAAUCAAGCACCCCAAUCCAACCGACCUACAUCAUCGUCUUCGGCUAUCCGCCAGACAAAUAUUCCCUCACAGUUGAAUAUUUCCGCUCCCUUGGCGCGAGCACCGAACCGGAGCCUAAUACAGAGAUCGUGAACGCGUUUAGAAUCGGGUUCCGUGACCCUGGGGAAGCAAUGCGUGCGGUCAGGAGAAAUGGUGAGGUUUUAGGGGGGACUUGGAUGGUGGGCGUUAAAUGGGCUGACUCUGCUCAAGACCUCACACUCCCCCGCGCGCCUGAUUUCACGGCGUCGACUUCCCCACCGCGAGUGCAAAUUCAGAUUUCACAAUCGCAUUCGGAUGGAAAUGCGAUGGUGGUGGAUAGCACUGCUACUGUUGGGACGCCGAUCAAGCUUGCGCCGUCUGUGGCUGCUUUUCGUAAAGCCCCUGCGCCGACUCCCCAGAAAUCUGCGCAUGCUUUGCCCGUACCGAUCAUUAAUGCAGAGCAGAGUCCUGCUAGGGGCGUGCUUGGGCAGGUUGGGGAUUUGUUAUUUGGAUGGUAGUGCCGUUCGAUGACAUUUUUGCUCUUGUAUGAGCGCGCUUUAGUUUUUGGGAUAUCUUUAGAUGCAUAGAUAUUAGGGAUGCGUCUUCGGAUUUUGUGAGUGUGUGAUGGACUUGCAAGGUGCUUCGUUGAGACAGACUUGGACGAACAUUCACUGCGGAAACGAGAUUUUAGCCAGACCGGGAUAGAGUGGAGUUAGCAAGCUUAUGUAGAUAAUAACUCGAACCUGCAAAGAAAAUAUGUC